GUUGCUUGUUUUAAUAUUGUGUAGUUACCUUACGUCUCUAAAGGCAUUGGAAAAUGAGCCAUCAAAUCUUAAGCAAAAUUUGGAAGACCAAUGGACAUCACAUUGUCCAAACACUGCUACCUUACUUCAAGCUAUUUAUAUAUUGACAAACUUAUUACCACCACAACACACCACUAUGUUGGAACCUGAAAAGCUCAAGUAUGCACUAUCGACCGUUAUGAGAUUCCUAGAAAAGGAAUCUUCAAAAGAUAAAUUUAAAACAAAUAAUAAUUUAAGCAAUUUUGAAUAUCAAUUAGAUAAAUUGCUAACAAACAGGAACGAACGUGUACAGCGAGAUGGAAAUGAAGGUAAUUCGAAGGCAAAGAUUUCAUUGCAAUAUGAAAAUUCAAUGAUGUACAGGUGCAAAUAUAUUUUAGGCACUCUGGUUAAUUUUAUAAAUAAUGCUUAUAUGCAAGUAGCUAACUACUGUAAAUUAACUGGAAAAUGUAACGACAAAAAUUCAUCUCCGUUGAACUUAAACUUUUAUGAUGAACUUAACAUUUUAUCGGAUAAUACUAUGUCACACAACUUAAUACCACAAAAUGAUUUUAAGCAUGAUAUGACAAAAGGAGUUUUGGAAUACAAAACUCCUUUAACUGAAAUUUGGAACGAAAAUACCAUGCCUCAAGUAAAUCAAGAAACCAAACAGGAUUACGAUAUUAUGAACAUUCUUCAAAAUUACAAACCAAAUUCAGAUAUUAACCAAGCGAAUGACGUAUCAAACACUUAUCCUGUAGACAAUCUGGAAUAUAGGAAACAACAAAAAUAUAAUGGACUUUUAAAUUAUUUUGUGAAUAAUGACAAGCUGGAUUAUACUCUAAAUGGAAACAUUUCUCCACAACAAUUGCCAAGUAGUAUACCAGAUUUUAAUAAUUUGUCAUUCAAAGAUAUUUUUUCGUCACUGACUAGUUUAUAUAACACAAGAACGAAUCAAAAAGAUACUAAAAUGUUAGUAGAUGCUGAUAACAAUAUCCCUAUACAAAGCUUUGGACAUAAUAAUAUAAAUAACAAUGAUUUUCAACCAAUUUAUCAAAAUUUAAACUCAUUUUCAUUUGAUUCUAAUAAUGCUAAAGCUACGAAUGAUAUAACUAAAUUUUCACAAUUAUCAAGCCCAGAACAACCACUUUUCAAUAAUAACAUAUAUUCUACUAAUGCAUUUGAAAACAAAAGAAAUACAUUUUCCCACAUAACGCCUACAAAUAUAGAUUCUAGUAAGCAAAUAAGAAACCCUGUUGUUGUAAGCAAUGACAAUAAUCUACAAGACAAGAUAUUGAGUUUUUUUCAACAAGGCAGCCAACAGAACCCACAAUAUUUAACAAAUUACAACAAAAAACCUGAACAUCUAAAUAAAAUUCAACAACAAUACGUUGGUAUUCCUAAUAAUGUAAAUUUGUCUCCACAUCCAUACCAAAGCUAUAAGGAAUCUCUAAAUCAAAAUACACAUACUUUGGGACUUAACCGAGAACCUCAAUAUACACUGACCGUCCCUAAUUUGUUGACGUCACAAUAUAAUAAUUAUGACAUCCCUCGUAGCAUUAAUACGAUUGUUGCUGAUAAUAUCAAACAUGAAAAUUAUGGCACUCAAUUACCUGAUUCGUCUCAGCCGCUUAGUGUAUCUAAUUUAGUGAAAUUGAAUUCUGUAACAAGGAAUUAUGGAGAUGUCGAAUUAACAUUCAUGCUCAAACGAUCGCAGCCAGUUUACGAACCAAUCUAUUACGUGAAAUAUAGAAUGCCUUACAAUGAAUUUCUUUAUGAUAUGCAGAAUCUUCUAAUACAAAAACCGUACUUGAGAAGUAAACCGAAUCAACUAUACCAGGCACUCCUAAGUGGUUCAAAUGUAAUAAAGACAUCAGAAAAUUUUAAAGGUCUAAAUGAUGCAGAAAUUGUAAAACUUACAUCUACUAAUGGUACAUUAGUUACAGCCAAAUUAUUGCAAAAUCUCGAUGCCGUUGAAAACGAUCAAUUAAAAAUAAUUCAAGAUUUAAACGCUAACUUGUCUGUUGCUAAUCUUUUAAAUUUAAGCACGAAUAACAACCAAACCCUAGAACCAAUACAAAAUCUUCUUAAGGCAACGAUGUCUACUACAGAUUAUUCAUUCCAAAGUUACCCUGAUGCAGGGCACUCAAGAAUAUUGAAUAAAUACAGUAAUUCUGAAUACAAUACUCCAGUUGUAUAUCAACCAAGUUCAAAUAAUUAUAAUCCUUACAGUAAAAUAGUAGAUCCUGCUUAUUCAGCAUUAUAUGGAAUACCAUCUACAGGAUUCAAUACGUUACCUAAUAAUAUCGUAGAAAAAUUAUUAGUAGAAAAUCCACAGAGAGAUUUAAAUACAUAUCCACAACUAGCAGGAUGA